GUAAACGCUUCGCUUGUUGCCAACUUCCCGUCAGUCAUUUUGUUCGGUGGCGGAACUGAAUUUUUACGGUCGGCGAAAUCGCUAAAAAUCUUUCUCAUCGGCAGUUAUUUUCCAAAGUGACAAUAUGAGUUCUGGGAUGCCUGAAUUGGGCUCCAAAAUCAGCCUAGUAUCGAAAGCUGAUAUACGUUACGAAGGCCGACUUUUCACUGUCGAUCCUCAGGAAUGUACCAUCGCUUUAGCUAGCGUUCGGUCUUUUGGUACAGAGAACAGAGAAACCCAGUACCCUGUGGCACCUCAGAGUCAGGUGUACGAUUACAUACUGUUUCGCGGUUCUGACAUCAAGGAUAUCCGAGUUGUGACCAAUGUGCCGUCUCUGCCAAAUGACCCUGCCAUCAUGCAGAUGUCGGUGCCGCCAACGCUGGGCGGCGCCAACGCCGGAGCGCCGGGCCCGUUUGCGGGUCAGUUCAACCACCCAGUGGUGGGGCAGACACAAUACCCGCAGUACCAUCCAAUGGCUGGUUUCCCGGGGAGCAUGAACGCUCAGCUCAACAAGACGAGUGAGUUGUCUCCGCAAGCGUCAGUGGAGCUUGCACCUCAGGCCCAGCCAACUACUGCCCCUAUUGGAUCCGGAGUGGCUCACCACUCUAACCAAGUGAAAGACCAAGGCUCCAUGAUGGACCUCCUCGGAGGGUCGCAGCAGUCGUCGUCUCGCUCCGGCACUCCAUCAGCCGUCGGAGGUCAUAGGAAGAGCCCUACAGCUGACCAGGGCACGCAGCAGGCGGGCGUGGCGACGGGCUCCGGGCAGCAGCGCGACGGGCGGCGCGGCAGCGCGGGCGCGCCGGCCAAGCCGCGGAACCGCACCAACUCGCGCACCCGCCAGCGGUACCCCAGCGGCGGCAACGCGCCCGCCCACCACCAGAACCAGAACCAACACCAACAGCAGAAUCAGCACCAUCAACAACAGAAUCAACAUUAUCAGCAGAACCAACAGAUGCUGCAUCAGCAUCCAGGGCAAGGUUAUGGUCGCGGCGGCUGGCGGGGCCGCGGCAGAGGCGGGCGCGGGCGCGGGUUCGUUCCCCGCAACAAGAACACGCUCAAGUUCGACAACGACUAUGACUUCGAGCAGGCUAACACGGAAUUUGAAGAACUGCGCAGUCAGCUCGCCAAGACUAAGAUAUCGGAGGGCGAGGCCAAGCCUGAGGUUACUACGCAACCAAGCGAAGUGGACAAGAAGGACGACUCCGGCAACGAGACGGGUGCCGGCGAGGCGGAACUGGACGACGACGGGUUCGCGGGCUACGACCGCAAGAAGAGCUUCUUUGACAGCAUCUCGUGCGAGGCGGUUGAGAGGUCGAAGGGCCGCAGCCAGCGCACGGACUGGCGCACGGAGCGCAAGCUGAACGCGGAGACGUUCGGGGUGGCGCUGGCGCGGCGCGGCGCCUGGCGCGGCCGCGGCGCCUGGCGGCACCACAACCCGCAGCACCAGCCUUCGUAUUUCCCCAGUUGGAGGCCGAUGCGCGGCGGACGCGGGCGGCCCGGCAACGGCCAGCCCGGCCAACACGCCAACCACGGCCAACACCAGCACCAACACCAACCUCGCCCCAACACGCAGCCGCAGCAGUCCGCCGCCGCCGCCGCUCAGUAGCAAAGUAGAAAUGGAUGUUGCAGGACGGAGUAUACACUGAAUCUUAACUUAUUAUCGCGAGGACUGAUCACAAAUGGAGAAGUAACGGAAAAUAUGGUGAUUGUUCAAUAAAUGUAAUCAAAAUGUAAUGUCGUUGCGGGAACGUUGAAGUGUGUAUCUUAAAGUAGAAAGGACAUUGUUUUGGUGUGAUAGUGUUGUAUCCAAUAUUAUGGAAGGAGAAAGAAGGAAUUCCCGAAAGCAUGCGACAGAAUUGUCCGGCCGCUCACCUAGUGUAAUGUAAGUAUAGAAUUAUUAAUUUGUGAGCGUUUUUGUUCAGGAGGUUUUAGGCGCACAAUGUUCAAUUCACGCAAGUGCCGACUGGCGAAAAUACUAGAAAAAUAUCAAAUUUAUUAACGGGAUAUUUCGCUGAUCGAAACACAUUCAUAUAAAAAUUUGCAAAUUGAAUAUUUUGCGUGUAAACCAUUCAAUACGGGAGCAGUGUCGCGUAGACAACGUCAAAAUUGAGUUGUAUAAUGUCAUGAGUGUGAUGACAGCGAUAUUAGGCUAUAAAUUAUGUGAUUGGUGUCAAUAUUGAGGUGAGAGCCCUGCUAUCGGAGGCUAUGCAAGAAAUCCUGCCUAGUGUAAUUGAAAUGUUUAUUUCAAUGAAUUAUAUUUUCAUAAAAGCUUCUCACCUGUAAUCCGCGUUUGUGCCUAUAAGUAACGAAGGUUAAAUUUAUAUGUACAUGUUUUUAUUGAGAGGUCAUUGCACUUCCAUUAUGUAUAAUUUGCAAUGACUAUGUUUCAGCAGUCCUACUAAGUGUCCCGGGUGACACGUUAGUAAAUGUAUUCUCGUUAUAGUUAAAUGUUGUUCUGCUGGCCAGAGGGACUCCAUACGAUUUAGCACUGGGUAGUGCUUGCGGAUUAGUGGUGGCCCCUCACUUUAAAUAAUUAAUGGAUGACUUUUUUAAUUGACUGUCCUGUUUUUUAGUGAUAGUGUGAAAUGUGAUAGUAGGACUGCUGGCGGUGUUAAAUGGCGGCGCCUCUGUAGCCGCGGCCGGGGGCGACGCCGACUCAAAUCUCCAUUUAGUUUAUAGUUUAUUGUAGUCUUAGGAAUGCGGGUACAUGAAAAUUAAAACAGUUGGCGUCGCCAUUUUUAUUACUGCCAGAAUUUAUCGAGCAACAGAAAUAAUCCACUGUUUUAUCACACAAAUUAAAUUUUAGUCUAUUGUAAAUGUUCUGGAAAAGGACUUAGUUUAAUUAAUUCUUCUUAAGUUGGAAUCAUUUGUUGUAAAAUAUAUUCUGCAUUAGACUUACUUCGUU